AUGGAUCCGGAUUUGUAUUGGAGCUUAAAACAUCAUUUCGAGUGCAAAAUACAAGUUUGCACCAACGGACUAAAGCCCAAUCUGAGAAUCGAUCCCGAACUAGAAAAGCUAGCAAGGAAAUGCAUUAAGUUUGGUUCCUUGGAAGACGGCGAAUAUGUCGAGCUGAAUUACGAUGAGCUUAUUAGCCUUGAAUGCUCUUCGAAAAUUGUUACAUAUACGCCUGGCGAUAAUGCGCUGAAUAAUGCCGUGGACAAAGCUCUAAGCUCUAAGAACUAUGAACGGGAAUUGAAAAAGGGGCCGGACAGCUUCGGAUGCUGCCAACCAGAUAUCGGAGUCAGAGGUGUGAAGACGAUAUAUUGCUUUUUCAAUCUUUGGUCCGAACCGCGUGUUCGCAACUCUUCGGACUGGCAAUGCCCUAAAGAUAAGAAAGUGUGA